AUGUUGCGGGGCCAGCCUAACGCACAGGAGAUUGUAAAGACAAAGGCGGAGGGGGACAGCGAGGAAAGCACACCGGAGCAGGUCGAGGAGUCACUGCGACUUAUCGAGGACCUCAAGUUCUUUCUGGCUACGGCGCCGGCGAACUGGCAGGAAAAUCAGAUUAUCCGACGUUACUAUCUUAAUAAUGACCAAGGUUUUGUAUCGUGCGUGUUUUGGAACAACCUGUAUUACAUCACUGGCACGGACAUCGUCAAGUGCUGUGUGUAUAGGAUGCAGAAGUUCGGACGCGAGGUUUUGGACCGCAAGAAGUUUGAGGAAGGUAUUUUCUCAGACCUCAGGAACCUCAAGUGUGGAAUUGACGCGACGCUAGAAAUGCCCAAGUCUGAGUUUCUGUCCUUCCUUUUCAAAAACAUGUGCUUGAAGACGCAGAAGAAACAGAAGGUGUUCUUCUGGUUCAGUGUCCCGCACGACAAGUUCUUUGCAUACGCACUGGAGAGGGACAUGAAAAGACAAAGUGCAGGUCAAUUGUCUACAACGCGGGCCGUCAGCGAGCCAGCCCUUUCCUUCACAUAUGACGAUAAAUCGGGACUGUCGCUAUAUGAUCAAUUACUACAGCAUAUGGAAUCGCAACGCAUAAAGGUGAACGCCUCUUCGAGUGUGGACUCAACUACUGCCAAUCCUCAGCUGACGAGCUACUCUCCGGCAGAGUCGGACGACCCCGACUCUGACGCUGUGAUAAAGACCGAAUUUGUCGGUUCGAGCCAGGAGUCACUUGCUCAGAUCUCUAAAUACGCUCCUCAAGAGCUGGUAGUAGAUCCAAUAGAAGAGGGCGCAGAUGAGCAGCCCUUUGAACUUGACUCCGGCGCCCAGGCUCCCUUCCUGUUGAAGGAUGCGAGUCAAGAAGAGGACGAUUUCCCCCUAGACUACUUCCCUGUUGAGGUGGAAUAUCCAAAUCAACAGCAAUUGCAACCUGGCGGCGGACAAGUGUACUAUGAUAAUGAUUUUGAGGUUGAGUAUGUUCCACUCUCGGCUGUACCGCCUGCCUCAGCAGGAUUUUAUGACAAUUCUCAUUUUACUGAAGAGACAGCAUUCGCGGCCCCAGCGGUCACAUCGGCAGCGAGGUUAGCAUUUCAGAUACCCCCACCUCCAAUGUCUGCGAGCCGCUCACACUUUAUGACAAACGGCGAAUAUUAUGCAUCUUACGUCAAAGACCAGGAAGAUCGAGGUUGCAACCGGGCCUCCGACGCCGAUGUUGCACUUGAUAGAAGCGACGCAGAAGAAGUCGUGGCUAAUGGGGGCGACGGUACGAUGAAUUCGAAACAAGGCGGGAUGCUUCAUAAACCUAAUAUUGACUUCCGUGCUCAAAAUGGUGGUUACCCUGUUGGAAGUUUUUAUCAAGGCAAGCACGCAUACCCGGUGGAGCUUCAACAGGGCGGUGCCGAUCCUCAUCUCACCCGAAGUUACGCAAUGGAAGACUAUCUAUGCGACAACUCUGCACUGUAUGAAGGAUUCCCGGGGGGCGCUUAUCUUCCCCCGGCGGCCAACCCAUUCACGCCUAGCUUCCUGAUGACGCCCGUGGCACCAACCAGCCCCUAUAUUGGGGUGACACAGUAUGGUGCCAAGCAGGUUGUGCCAGCAUCGGCAAAAAACUACCCUAUAAACCCUUACUACCAGUCUUCACCUGGUUUUCAGCGAUGGGGGAACGUGCACGGUUAUGUUAGAGGAUUCCCCUCUAUCCAAGCUACUUCUGCUCCCCCAGGUGCUCCGUUACAAAUGCACAAUCCUCAAUCUGCUAGCAAGUUAUACUUUAACAAGCCAGGAAUGAUCCAUAAGCCCCCCUCGAGAUCUCAAAAUCAAAGGCAUAGAGCAAGAAAAACAGCAUUUUCGUCGCGGCCCCCGAUGAAUAGCUCACAUACCAGUAACCGGAGCACAUCUGAUGGCGGAAACUCGGUUGCAUUUUUAGUGCCAUCUUCCGAAUCAAGCAUGGUAUUGCCAGAUGGGAGCAAAAAGAAACUAUCGACAUCAGCUUCUGCUAAUGAGCCAUCUAGCACCGAUGACAAGGAAAUUAUCAAAAAGCAUGAAGACGAUAAUCAGUUCCAUGACUAG